GUUCGAACAUAACCUAAAAAACUGUUAAAAAUGUUGACUUUACUACGUAAAAUAACACCAAAACCUUCUCUAGUUUCUAGAGUUGUUACCCUACAAUACUCAAAUGAUGCCCCUAAUUUUGAUAUGGAAAAUCCCUUUGAAAAAGAGAAGAAAUCCUGUAUCCUCUGCAAGAAUAACAUAAUUCCAGACUAUAAAAACGUUAAACUAAUAUCGCAAUUUCAAUCACCGUACACUGGAAGAAUAUAUGGCAAACAUAUAACAGGGUUAUGUUCGACACAGCAAAAAUUGGUUGAAGCUGAAAUUGUUAAGGCCCAAACUGCAGGUUUGAUGGCAACAUACCUUAAAGAACCUUGCUAUCUGGGUGAUCCCAAGUUAUUUAACGUGGAUAAACCAUUUAGGCCACACAGAUUCUAAAUUUAAUACUUUAUAGGUUAGGCUGUAA